AUGUCAAAAGUAUCCAAAAGAUUAAUAGUUGGUAAUAAUACUAAUAUUGUUAAGAACACUUUAUUCGAUUACAUUAUUACAGACAAAGAUGGAGCUUUAUUUGCUCAAAAAAUCCAAUUUCUUGUAAAAGAUUGUAUAUUUUCAAAUAACCAAGCAAAUAAUGGAGGAGCUGUUGCCAUAAUAAACUGUAGCUCUGACUUUUUAACCUCGAAUAUUACAAGAUGUUCUGCAAUUAAUAAAGCAGGAGCAAUUCACGCUAUUGAUUCUACAUUAAAUAUAGAAAAUCAGUAUCAUUACGGUUGCGAAUGUGAAGCAAUCGGUGGAGCUGCAAUUUUCAAGAAAUGUACUGUCGGAAUCAAAUUUUCCAAUUACUUGAAAUGCCGUGCAUAUUCAGUAGCUGUAUUCUAUUUAGAUGGAAACACUUUUUCAUGUUCGAAUUCGAAUUUUCUUUAUAAUGUUUGCAAAAACAACCUUUCACCACUUAUACAGACAUUCUACAAUAAUGCCACAUUUUAUAUGUGCUAUUUCAAGAACAAUUCCAAAGGAGAACUAUUAAGUGUUUCAGAAGGAAAUAUUAUUGUUGAUAACUCGUUUUUAGAAGAUAAUCUUACACUUGAAGCAUAUAAUAGCACUGAAAAUAUUAAAAUUCAGAACCCUGUUUUAGUAGAACCUCAGAUUUCGUUGCAAAUAAUUAGACCUGAGAAAAGAAAGCUUGUAGUUCUUGAUGUUGAUGAGUCAGAUGAUACAAUGCCUCUGAUUAAAUCAAUUGCUCUCAUUGCUUUUAUCACUAUUGUCUCAUAUUUGCUUCUACCUUCAACGAAGAAGUCCAGUAUAUAUCAGAAGGGUGAGACCAUACAUCCAUAA